GUGUCCAAAAAAUAAAACCCUUCUAAGCCUGUGUUUUGCAACUGAAUAACUUCCCUUUGUUUGUUUUUUCCUUGAGCUACCUACGCAACAGGAUUUGCCAGUACAACCACAAGUAGAACCUCCCUCUCGCAAUACAAACACUUAUAUAACAAAAUCAGUUUCUUUCAUUUGCACCCAAUGAACGCAUGCACGGCAUAUGAAUAUGCUGGAGGGAAUUUGUGAAGAAGAACGUGUGAGCCGUGCGGUUAUACCUGUAAACUCUGUGAUGUGGAACUUCUUUGCUGGCAAACGACUGCAUUCUUCACAUUUCUUUCAGAGGAAUUACAUGCCACUGUUAGAAGCAGUUCAUAGAGGAAAGAUAUGAAGUUUGACAAAAAACCAGCGUGCGAACUGAAAUCACUGAGAGACUGCACAGCCCUUUGUGUGUUGUUGGGGUUGGUGCUCCUAUUGUAUGAUGACCCAUUUCUAAUACUCUGGUGGCCUCAGAGACCAACUGAGAAAACUAAGGCGACCUCUUUUCCUCUGGAUAUGGCUACAGAAUCCAUUGAUGACAUGUACGAGGGUUGCCGAUCCAGCACAGCCUCUGUGAUUGACCUUUAUGGUGUGUUUGAGUCGCACUUCAACAGAAACUUCAGUUUCACCUGGGCAUUCGCCGAAAGAAAUGCAAAGAAACCUACACACAAGGACCUGAAAGAUGACCAUGCAACAGUUUUGUACCUGUACACCAAAGUGAAAUACAUCCGAGAAGAGUUCAACAGAGCAGUGAAAACGGGGAAACACAAGUACAUCACAGAUGGAUUUAAGUUCCACUACUUCUACUUCUAUUUGACGGAUGCUAUUCAAGUUGUGCGUCACAACCAGACAUGGUGCAGGACCACCUAUCACAGGACAUGGAAGAAGUUCAAGCAAAAUAUCGUCAGCACAAACAUGCGUUUUGGUGCUUUUACGUGGACGACUUCAAGCAAGAGCUCAGCUGGAUUCGAUGGGAAUGUUUCCUGCUUUGAGAUUUAUACGUGCCUCGGUGCUGAUAUCACAUAUUACUCCAGCAUAAACCAGAGGGGGCAAGUGCUCAUUCCUACUUAUGAGGUUUUCAAAGUCACAGAUGUUCUCACAAACGAUCCGUGGUGCAGUGUGGUCUAUAAGCUACAAAGCACCAAAGUGCCAAGGAGAUAUCUCAACUGUAAAGUGACUGAAAAGCUCAUAAAUACAUAUACCAGACCUGGUUCAACACACUGGUAAGGAAGCCAAGUUGUGAUGAUGUCAGCAUGUGUGAUCCUGCUGAUAAUAAGUUCUCCUGUUCUUGUAAAAUACAAGGAGAAGUGCUAUGUGGCUGCAGUGCUGGGGGCUCUGCUGGUGUUUGUAGCUGUCGCAUUAAUGUUGAGUUAGUCAGUAAAUGAAAGACAGCUGACGGUUGCGAUGGUUGUCAAUGUGAGAAUUCACAAAAGAUGUUUUUGAAAGUUACGAAGAAAUGCAACAUUCUCCUUAGUAAGCUCAGUUUUGCAAAAUAAAAGCCAAAUAAUUUCAGAUUUUUAAAGUUCAGAUUUUGAUCAUCAUUCCGUUCUGGAGUAGAAAAAUGGUGCUAACUGUUAUAACAACCUUUCAGUUAAAGCAAUAAUACUGUGGGACUGUCAGCAGCCACAGGAACCUUUGCAUGUACAUUAAUGACACAUGUUAAAAAAUGCAGAAGCCAUUAGGGGAAAUAAUAUAGAUUAUAUAUAAAGAGAUACUUUUGUUCUCCGGUGUUUCUGCACCGGUUUCUCCAAACGACUGCACUCAAACAGGAAUUUGCAGACUUUAUGAAUGUCCCUCCCUUGAGUGGAAUGGCCUGUAAGGUUAGACUGAAUGAUAACAGAGCUGUGGCAAGUGAAGAAAAAGUCGUAAACUCUUCCUUUCAAUUCAAACAAUGCAUUGGAAUACAGUAAAUACUUUAAACCUGCAGUGGUGUCUUCAGACAGUUUUCAAAAGAGGUAGUAAUAUGGACCCUAAAAAGCCAUAACUAAAAUUCUGUAAUUUUUAUUAUUGUUGCUGUUUAAAUGCUAUAAAUAAGAGUUAAGAAAUCACUCACUAAUAUACCUUGGCCCUAUAUUUUACAGUGAGGGUUACAAAUUUUCUGAUGUACACAAACUAUUUGAGGGGGAAUAGUUCACUCAACGACAAGACAUCCAGAGCUUAUUUACGACUUCAAUAUUGAAAAUUCUGUCCCUGUGUGAUGAUAAUUUGUCUUACUACAGCCAAUUAUGAAACAAUAAAAUGUAUUUUUAUUGCUACCUGUUGCUGUAUUUUGAUAGUGAUGAAAUACAUCCAUGCUGUCACUGCUGUAAAAUGGAAAAUUAUCCUAAUAAAAUAAGAAAAAAAUGUGA